ACCCCGUCUCCCCGACCCAUGCUUGAAGAUGGACGAGUCUUCGCUGCUGGACUUGCUGGAGUGUUCGGUGUGUUUGGAAAGACUGGACGCCAGUGCCAGGGUGCUGCCCUGUCAGCACACCUUCUGCAAGCGCUGCCUGGAGAAGAUUGUCAGCUCCAGGAGCGAGCUGCGGUGCCCCGAGUGCCGAAUCCUGGUGGACUGCGGCGUGGACGAGCUGCCCGCUAACAUCCUGCUGGUGAGGCUGUUGGACGGCAUUAAACAGAGGCCGAGGAACGGGAGGUCGACCCCAACCUCUGGCCCUGUAUCGUUCCCCUCCGGGGGUAGCGCAGCGUGUCCUGCUCCAACAGCUCUGGGGACGACAUCGAGAGAGCAUCCCACCGGCAGUAACCGGAGCUCCCCGGGGAAGAGUGUUCCACAGUUACCAUGUGCUAAGGCUCUCUACAACUAUGAAGGGAAAGAACCUGGCGAUCUUAGUUUCUGCAAAGGUGAUCUCAUCAUUCUACGACGUAAGGUGGAUGAGAACUGGUAUCAUGGCGAGCUUAAUGGUACCCAUGGCUUUUUCCCAGCUAGUUAUAUUCAAUGCAUCAAGCCUCUUCCACAGCCUCCACCUCAGGGCAAAGCACUUUAUGACUUUGAAGUAAAGGAUAAAGAGCAAGACAAGGACUGUUUGACUUUCUCAAAGGAUGAAAUUUUGACUGUCAUAAGGAGGGUGGAUGACAACUGGGCAGAAGGAAUGCUAGGAGAUAAGAUAGGCAUAUUUCCACUCUUGUAUGUUGAGCUUAAUUCAACUGCAAAGCAGCUGAUUGAGAUGGAUAAACAGUGCCUGGCAGUCACACAGAAUGCUGAUACAGCUCUGUCAGCUGCUACCAAUGCAGGAGCCAGCUCAGCAUCCAGCUCUCCCGUAAAUAGUGGGGGAGCUGUCAGCGCCGUCCACAGACGCAUUGAUGGCAAGAAAAAUGCCAAGAAGCGACAUUCCUUCACUUCGUUCAGCAUGUCACACAAGACUUCCCAAGCCAUCACCAACAGGCACUCGAUGGAAAUCAGUGCACCAGUUCUCAUCAGUUCCAGUGACCCCAGAGCGGUUGCCAGGAUUGGGGAAGUACCACAUCUAUCAUCUAGUGCACCAUCCCAGGCUUCAUCGCUUAAUGCUAGCACAGCUGCUGGUGCAGUCGGACCCAGACCAGGAGCUACUGUAGGGGACCAGGGCACAGCGUUGAAGACCCAACUACCACUCAAUAUAUACAUGGCCAUGUACGCGUACAAACCACAGAAAGCAGAUGAGCUGGAGCUGCGGAAAGGAGAGAUGUAUAGAGUCAUUGAGAAAUGUCAGGAUGGAUGGUUCAAAGGCACUUCACUGAGAACUGGAAUGUCUGGUGUCUUUCCUGGAAACUAUGUGACUCCUGUCUCCAGGGCUCCCUUUGGAACAGCUCAGUCAAAAACCACAAUGCCAGGACCUGCUGUCCAAACAGUAAAAGGAAACUCCCUCUCGAGCCAUUCUGCGACCAAUCUUGUGAAUAAUGGUGUAAGGCCUAUUCCUCCUGUUGCGAUCUCUCCUGUUCCAUCGCAGCUUCACACAUCCAGUCCACAGAUCAGCAAUUGCUUACGUUACUCAGGACAGCAAACGGUCAACCAGGCCCGGAGUGCAAUGCAGAUGGUUCAUCCUGCUGUUCAAGUGCUUGAACGUCCUACAGCAACUGUACCACCGUUAAGAACACAAAGUCCUCCCAGCCGUAUCCCGGCCACUGUAGUCCGACCACAGCCAAUGGCCUCACCACAGCAUGUCCUUCAAUCGUCUGGAGUUCCUGGUGCUAGAUCGACCAUUUCACUCACCUCUGCAGCUGUAGCCAUUACACCACCAAAUGUCAAUGCAGCCAACUUGAAUGGGGAUGCAAUGAGUGGAUCAGCAAGUACCUCAGUGACUUCCAGCCCAUCAAACUCCGUACCUGCCGUAUCCAAAAUGGAGGAUCGGAAAACUGAUAGGAAAGAGAAGAAAAGUGGACUUUUAAAACUACUCUCGGGAGCAUCAGGAAAGAAGAAAUCCCGCUCACCUCCGUCUGUAUCUCCAACUCACGAUUCCCCACAGGCAGCAGCAGAGAAUACCCUGCAAGGGGCUGUGGGUCCUGAAGUUACUCCUGUGUCAAGCCAUGGCAGAGCUGGCUCUUGCCCUUUAGAAAGUGAGAUGCAAGGCACUAUGGGAAUGGAGCCACUCCACAGGAAAACUGGCUCCUUAGAUUCCAACUUCUCCAUUUCUCCACCUACUAGGCAAAUGUGCUCUUCCAUGGUUGCAAUCCGACCGGAUCUCAAACCACUUCCUUGUGAAAGGUAUCGAGUGCUGGUCCCAUAUCCUCCUCAGAGUGAGGCAGAGAUUGAACUUAAAGAGGGUGACAUAGUGUUUGUUCACAAGAAGCGGGAAGACGGAUGGUUCAAAGGCACAUUACAGCGAAAUGGAAAAACUGGUUUAUUUCCAGGAAGUUUUGUGGAAAGCUUCUGAGAAGCCUGAAGUUUAUGGACACUGAUAUUUUUAUCAUCUGAAUAUCAUGGCUAUUUGGCAUUAAAUAAAUGUAGAUAAACAUUCAAGCACAACGUCACAGCAAUCAAGAAUUUACAUCCACUGCCAUACCACUUCCAAAGAAAUUGAAAAGACCCUGUCUGUUGCAAUGGCUCAUUGACAAGACCAUUAUUAUAUAAAGAUGUACAUACAGAGGUAUGUUGAAGCAGUGCCUUCCCCAUGAAGCCACAGACUGAGAGACAAGUACAUUUGCUUUCAAAUUAGACUGAAUUACAUUUAUUCACUACUGUGUAAAUUAUAAAUUUGAACUUUUUUAAAAUAGAAUUUUGAUAUAUCACCAUAACUUAUUUGGUAAGGUUAGCACAAAUAAUGGAUGAUUGAUUGUAUGUGAGGUGCUUCCUCUGACAAGGCAAAUAAUUUUUCUUCUUUUGGUCUAAUAAUCAGAAAUCAGAAAGUAAUUAGAUUAGAUUGGAGCUGUCAACUCACCAGAGAAAAAAUGCAAUUUAAACCAGUCAAAUAAUAUGUUACUUGCAGUUUAAUUAUUGUAAUAAGGUGACUUUGGCUAAUUCAGAUAAAGCUCUAUAAAACCAUUAUCAAGUUGUAGCAAUUAGCUGACCAUAUUAGAUAUCUGAAAAUGAUUCAGUCAUAUUAUGACAAUCAAUUUGGCCAGACUAUACAGAAAUAUUUGGCCUGAAUAUACAAAAAGCAGCUAAAGGUAAGUUCAUAAGUGAGAGAAAAUGUCACUAAAAUAUUGUCAGUGUUUGUUAAAGAGAAUUCCUUGUGUGUUUUUUUCUCAAGUUGCACACUAUUACUGAAAGUUAUCACCACUGGAGACAAGCAAGCAUGUUGUGACUGAACAAUUGUAAUGGAGAGCAGAGGACAAAUAACAGACUUUUUGCCUAUGUUAUUAUUCACAUAAUAACAUCUGUAUCUAAACAAUGUCAGUUAGUAACUACGAAGGUGACAAGGACAUAUAGUUUUCCAAUACAUUUGUUUUCCUAUUUCCAUCAUGCUUAGAGGUAGAUUUCUUGAUGCUAUUUGAUUGAUUUGUUGUUGACCUACAAGUAUCCUUGUGAUUGAGUAAUGUGCCAUUUGCUGAUUUCCACUAUUGCAGUGGAGGAAAGGGAUCACUUUUUUCUGCAGUACUCCAGCGCUUAUAACAAAAUAUGCAGAUUUGCCCUUGAAAUUUAUGGCCAUCAGCUCAGAACACUUGAUGCCAAAGAAUUAACACGAUAACUGACAGAACAAAUGUCAAUGACUUCUGCUACUCAAUCCAUUUCUGAAUGUUUCCUUACAAAUAAAUCAGUACAUUGCAUCAAAUUCCACACCUCUCAAGUUUUGACUGGGGAUAACGGACCCCCAGUAACAGGAAUUACGAUACUGCAGUAAAUCACUUAAAAUCCAUUUCUAGGCUAACAUGCUACCUGUAAGGGGAAUGGUUGGAAUGCAAUAACCAGAUUCAUGUCUCGGCUGGAAAAAAAGUCUGCCAGGAUUUCUCUUCUUGAUCGAUGACUGCUGCUGGAUUAUGUUCAUGUACGUUUUUGGGGAGGAGGAUAGCAUUGUGCUGGGCUUCACCAUUAAUCAUCUAGUUUUCUGCAGGAAUGUUGACCACUUACUUAGAGAUUUAAGGCCUGUUGGCACCUAUAGAACUAGGCACCAAAAAGAAAGAAACAUUACGGCAGGGAAUUUAAUAAAUAUAAUUAUUUGCAUUCUUUAAUGCUGCCCUGAAAAUGAUACCCAUUUCAAGUUAUAGAAUUAUAGCGGUAAAGAAGGCUACUUGGCCCAUCAAGUUUGUGCCAGGUGUUUCAAAGAUAAUUCCAACAAGAAGAAUCCCAUGUUCUUUCUUCAGGUCCAUGUAGUAUUUCCUGCUAGCUCUUUUUAUCCAAUUCUCUUUUAAAGGGUAAUAUCAAAUUUGUAUCCACCACUCCAUCAAGAAAUGCAUUCUGAAUCCUAAACAUUUAGAUUUUUCCUUCUUAUGUUGAGUUUAGUUAGCUAAUCUAUUUGGUUAGCCUUACCUUGCUUCACUUUAUAUAGAUAUUGGUCUUGCAGCAUUUUCCCUUUCAAGGUUUCACUUUCCCUGUAAUGAAAUGCUAUUGAACAAACUUCACAAACCUCUCAGUGGUCAUGGACAUGAUACUUUUGACAACUUGCUGAGAAACAGCCACAAUAAAAUAAAGGAUAUGCUUUGAGACACUGGAAUCUCUUGGUCUCUUCUUGAAGUUAAAUCAUAUCAAGUAGUGUCUCAAUAGUAUAGAAACUAUUCCAAUUUUUUUCUAGGGUUAAACAGCGUAGGUAUUGUUGGUGAUAACACCUAAAAUUGUUCUUCCACCAUGAGCAGGUUGAUUUGAGGGCUUAAAUAUAUUUUCUUCCUAGUGGAAUCUAUUUUCUGUGACCAUUGCAGAGAUGAUUCUGCCCAAUUGUAAUUCAUGCACAGUAGAAUCCUAUUUUGCCAAAUACAGAAUUUCAUUUCAUAAUGAGACUUCUGGCUGAAAGUGAUAAAUAUUUCAAAAAUGUUAUUUCCAUUGAUUUUUACCUCCAUUGACAAUAAUGACUGACAAAUGGCAAGUCAGAUUACAAGUAGGUUAGUGGCCACAUUAUCCCAACUUGUUGUUUAUCAGCCUGUUCCCUUACAGUCAGGGAUGAGCAGUGAAUAAAAAUUGAAAUGACUGCAGAAGUCAAACUUUAGGUUACCACCUGCAGCGAUACCACUCCCUGAUAUUACUCAUGAGGAACAUGGCCUUUAGGAAAUGUCAGAGUAUGUGGAGUGUUUUGGAUCUGGAAUUCAUACUAAAUGAAAUGGAAGGUGGCUCAAGUUUGAUAACUUGGCAUCUACACAUCUCUGGAUACUUGCAUUAUUAUGGCUUCACAAUAGUUUUUAAUGUGGUUUACAUUUACACUAAACUCCAGGAGGAUGUUUAAGGUCUGAUUUGCCAAAGUCUCACAGUCCACAUUUAUUCCUGUGCCUCUUAUAUGUUUCUGUAAGCUCAGCUUUUAUCACUGUUAUUUUUUGAGACUCGUUGAAUCUAUGGUUUAAAUUAGGGUCUUUUAUUUAUACUUGGCUCAUAAUCAACGAAGAAUAAGGAUGUUUAAAAUGCAGGAAUAAAUAUAGGAGCUUAAUUCAAGAUUAGUCUAAUAUGCUAAAUAACGCUUUUAUUUGUGAUUAUGUGAACACAAAUACAGUGGUUGCCUGCUCACAGUGAAUUACAUGCUCACAUGCCCUAUCCUUAACAAGUAAAAUAAUUAUGAUCUCUCAACAAUGAAUUCAUUCUAAAUUUCAUAAAACUGAUCAAGACAAAGCCAGAGAAAAUGUACCUUUUUUCCCACAAGUGAUAAAAAAGUGUCUCAAACUAUCAUUUGCUUUAUUACACUAGUUCACAUGCUGAAGAAUACAAAGAACAAAGAAAAUUACAGGACAGGAACAGGCCCUUCGGCCCUCCAACCCUGCGCCGAUCAAGAUCCCCUGUCUAACCUGUCACCUAUUUUCCAAGGGUCUGUGUCCAGUUGCUCCCUGCCCAUCCAUGUACCUGUCCAAAUAUAUCUUAAAAGACACUAACGUGUCUGUGUCUACCACCUCCGCUGGCAACGCGCUCCAGGCACCCACCACCCUCUGUGUAAAGAACUUUCCACGCCUAUCUCCCUUAAACUUUCCUCCUCUCACUUUGAACUCAUGACCCCUAGUAAUUGAGUCCCCCACUUUGGGAAAAAGGUUCUUGCUAUCCACCCUGUCUAUACCCCUCAUGAUUUUGUAGACCUCAAUCAGGUCCCCCCUCAAUCUCCGUCUUUCUAAUGAAAAUAAUCCUAAUCUACUCAAUCUCUCUUCAUAGCUAGUACCCUCCAUACCAGGCCACAUCCUGGUGAACCUCCUCUGCACCCUCUCCAAGGCAUCCACAUCCUUUUGGUAAUGUGGCGACCAAAACUGUACACAGUACUCCAAAUGUGGCCGAACCAAAGUCCUAUACAACUGCAACAUGACCUGCCAACUCUUGUACUUAAUGCCCCCUCCAAUGAAGGAAAGCAUGCCAUAUGCCUUCUUGACCACUCCAUUGACCUGCAUUGCUACCUUCAGGGAACAAUGGACCUGAACACCCAGAUAUCUCUGUUCAUCAAUUUUCCUUAGGACUUUUCCAUUUACUGUAUAGUUCGCCCUUCCAAAAUGCAUCACCUCGCAUUUGCCCGGAUUGAACUCCAUCUGCCAUUUAUCUGCCCAACUCUCCAGUCUAUCUAUAUUCUGCUGUAAUCUCUGACAGUCCCCUUUACUAUCUGCUACUCCACCAAUCUUAGUGUCAUCUGCAAACUUGCUGACCAGACCACCUACACCUUCCUCUAAAUCAUUUUCAUAUAACACAAACAACAGUGGUCCCAGCACAGAUCCCUGUGGAACACCACUGGUCACAGGUCUCCAAUUUGAGAAACUCCCUUCUGCUACUACUCUCUGACUCCUGUUCCCUAGCCAGUUUUUUUAUCCAUCUAGCUAGUUCACCCUGGACCCCAUGUGACUUCACUUUCUCCAUCAGCCUGCCAUGGGGAACCUUAUUAAACGCCUUACUGAAGUCCAUGUAUAUGACAUCUACAGCCCUUCCCUCAUCAAUCAACUUUGUCACGUCCUCAAAGAAUUCUAUUAAGUUGGUAAGACAUGACCUUCCCUGCACAAAACCAUGUUGCCUAUCACUGAUAAGCCCAUUUUCUUCCUAUCCCUCCGUAUCUUCUCCAGUAACUUCCUUACCACAGACGUCAGGCUCACCAGUCGAUAAUUACCUGGAUUAUCCUUGCUACCUUUCUUAAACAAGGGGACAACAUUAGCAAGUCUCCAGUCCUCCGGGACCUCACUCGUGUCAAAGGAUACUGCCAAGAUAUCUGUUAAGGCCCCGACUAUUUCCUCUCUCGCUUCCCUCAGUAGCCUGGGAUAGAUCCCAUCCAGACCUGGGGACUUGUCCACCUUAAUGUCUUUCAGGAGACCCAACACUUCCUCCUUCCUUAUGUCAACUUGACCUAGAGUAAGCAAACAUCUAUCCCUAACCUCAACAUCUGUCAUGUUCCUCUCCUUGGUGAAUACCAAUGCAAAGUACUCGUUAAGAAUGUCACCCAUUUUCUCUGACUCAGCGCAUUACUUUCCUUUCUUGUCCUUAAGUGGGCCAAUCCUUUCUCUAGUUACUCUCUUGCUCUUUAUAUAUGAAUAAAAGGCUUUGGGAUUUUCCUUAACCAUGUUUGCCGGCAAUAUCUCAUGUCGUCUUUUAGCCCUCUUAAUGCCCCGUUUCAGAUUCGCUCUACAUUCCCGAUAUUCUUGCAGAGCUUCGUCUGUCUUCAGUCGCCUAGACCUCAUGUAUGCUUCCUUUUUCCUCUUGGCUAGUCUCACAAUUUCACCUGUCAUCUAUGGUUCCUUAAUCUUGUCAUUUCUAUUCCUCAUUUUCACAGGAACAUGUCUCUCCUGCACGCUAAUCAACCUCUCCUUAAAAGCCUCCCACAUAUCAGAUGUGGAUUUACCCUCAAAUAGUUUCUCCCAAUCUACAUUCCUCAGAUUCUGCCGAAUCUUGAUAUAGUUCGCCUUCCCCCAGUUUAGAACUCUUCCUUUAGGACCACUCCUAUCCUUAUCCAUGAGUAUUGUAAAACUUACGGAAUUGUGGUCACUAUUUCCAAAGUAGUCCCCUACUGUAAUUUCGACCACCUGGCUGGGUUCAUUCCCCAGCACCAGAUCCAGUAUGGCCCCUUCCCGAGUUGGACUACAGACACACUGCUCUAGAAAACCCUCCUGGACACACCUUACAAAUUCUGCUCCAUCUUGACCCCUAACACUGAGUGAAUCCCAGUCAAUGUUGGGAAAAUUAAAAUCUCCCAUCACCACCACCCUGUUUCUCAUACACCUUUCCAUUAUCUGUUUACAUAUUUGUACCUCUAUCUCACGCUCGCUGUUGGGAGGCCUGUAGUACAGCCCCAACGUUGUUACUGCAUCCUUCCUAUUUCUGAGUUCUACCCAUAUUGCCUCACUGCUUGAGUCCUCCAUGGGGCCCUCCUUCACUUCCUACAUUGCCAGAGAUGGAUCCAGCACAAGGACAUAAGAGUGUUCUGAUUUUAAAGGAGCAUUCAGCUGGAACUACAAUACACUGUCCUACACCAAAUUGAUACAUGCUCUCAGCCUGAUGAAACAGAUGAUUGCAGUUCUGAUUAUUUUCCUGCCCAAAUAUAUUUACUAAAUCCUUCUUCAUGAAGACAAUAUUCCUUCACAAAGACCUUUGCAUACUCAUUACAGAUGUGAAGUGAGGUAAAAUAUAUAUGAAAACAACCAAGGAAUUAUGAUUCAACAUAUCUUUCUCCCAGUUCCAUAUCAACAACUCACCAGGAGAGGUGAUCUCAGCUAAUGUUAGAAAGGUUGUGGAAUAACAGUAAUUAAGCAUUCGGGGUUUUCCCUGUAAAUGUUACAUUGCUUUCAUUACUGUAAUUAUAAUGCCCUAGACUUUUUAAAAAAAAUGUUUUGGCAAAAUGGUAAUUAUGAUAUUUUGCAUGGACUAGUAAGACCACACCACUAUUUUACAUACAACUAGUCCUUUUAACAGUGUACAUUGAUUACUUAAGUAGCUGUGACCUAGCCAUUUUGGCACAUGAUCCAAGAACAAUGUAGCUUGAAAGUAAGACAUGAUGACUAUAUGUAUUAAGAAGUAGUUAUAUUUAUGCUCUAAAUAUCUAAAUGCGCAGUAAAAAAAAUCAAUUAAUUUCCUCUCAGAGUCCUGCAAAGCAGAAAAAAAGUAGAUCUUGUUGUAAAUUCUAUGCCGUAUUAGCUCAGCUUGAUCACCUUGCCCCCUUUGUCAGCAACUUUUGCCAUAAGGAACUAAUCAAGAUUUUGCAAUGAAGGAUAGCUCAUUCUUUACACAGUACAAUUAAUAUAGGGAAUCUAAUGGAAAGAAGUGGCAACUGUUUUGUAUCAAAAUUUUCACCCAUUUUAAGUAGGAAGGAGUUCAUAACUGCUCUCAAAUCAAAUUUUGAGCUGUCUCACCAUUUUCCUUCAAACCAGAUCACUUAAACAAGGGGACAACAUUAGCAAGUCUCCACAAUUGCUACAAUUAGAAUUCUUCCUUUAAGGAUGUUGAAACAAUCCAUACAGAAUCUCCACCCUUUUAAAAAAUGAGCAUUAGAAAAGAAACAAAUCUUCAUUAUUGAGAUAACAAGGUGUAGAGCUGGAUGAACACAGCAGGCCAAGCAGCAUCAGAGGAGGAGGAAGCCUAGACCCUUCUUCAGAAAGAUCUUCAUUAUUCUUUGUUUCUCUUGAUUUGUUUUUAGCAUUUUUGUUUAUGCAGUCUCAUGUGAUCGCUUCAUUAGCAAUCUGGAUUGAAGGAGUUACUGAAGUGAGAUAACAUCAGCAGAGAUACAUUCUUAUUAUCCCAAGAUCAUUUAAUAGCAUUCUCACAUUAACUUUGCAUGUUUUAAUUCAGAAGUUCUCAAAUGGUUAAGCUCGAUGGUUUACAAUUAUGACCCCCACCUUCAGAGGUCUUUAACAUUUCAUUCACCCAAAGAACCAAAAUUAUUCUUGCAAAACACAAGCAGACACUUUUUUUCAGUGCUGUGCUUUUUACAAACAUACAAGGGCUACUUGAUAAAUUUCAUGAAAUGCAAGUAUGAAAUUAACUGCUAAAUUAGUAAACUGCAUCAUCUCAGUAUCAUCUCAGUUGAUGCUCUUUGUAGUGUAUUCUGUUGUAGAAGCAAUUGCUAUGUUAUACUUGGUUCAGAAAGCACCAAACUCUGCCCACACUAACGUACUGUGCAGCAAAGCCACCCUUUGCCUGCUGUGAAACAUCUUACAUUUGGAAUGAUGGCCCUUAGAAGAGACGUUAUUUUCAGUUUCAGAGCCACUUGAAAGGAAACAAAAAUAUAUUAUGAUUAAAGCUAAGCAUCGGAAGAACAAUACUGACAUUAAACAUGAAACAAUUAUUUUACCAAGGAUUUCCUCUUUAUUCAACAAGGAACUUGCUCUUUAUACAAACCAGUUAAAUUGUCUUGUUUUGCUGAAAGUUCUAUUGCAGUUGACUGAAAAAGUCAUGAUGUGUUUGUAAAUAGAUUUCAAAACUGCUCUGAGCUAUAAAAAAGUAUUUGAUGUACAUUUGUCCAAGUCACCUUAUGACUUUUAAACAGUCACAUUUAAUUUCCAAACUAACAACUAUUGCAUAAUUGUUACACUCUUAUUUGAGGGAACAAAAUACAUUUAUCCGCUUUUACACAUGCUUUUUUGUUUAAACAUACAUUUGUGUGACCUUUUGUCCAACAGUAAUAAAGUGUUAAAUAUGAUUAAAUCUC